AGAACAUGCAUUUCUUAAACAUAUGAAACAACUUUCAAGUUCUUGUUAUCUUUUGGAUCAAAUGAGAAAAUGCUAAAUGAUUCUGUUUUAUGACAAAGAUUGGAAUGUGUAAAAAGACAAGUCAACAAAAUUGACCUCAACAUUUUUUCCGUUUUAUAGUUACCAGUACUACAAAUGUGAGCCAAGUGUGAGUCACAUUCACUUUCCACAUAAAGCAGGUACAAGCUUAGGCCAGGAUUCUGACGGAGUGGUGCCAUCUAUAAGUUAUGCCGCCAAAGUUCAAGCGCCACCUAGAGUCUGGAGACUAUAACAGGGCCCGAAACUCUGAAAAGAAAUAUGCAUUUUCGAGUUCCUUAUUGGAUGCUGGGUCAGAAGAUGAGGAGGAUUUCUUUCUCACGGGGCCAAAUGCGAGGCCAAGAGAGCUAGGAGAUAGUAAGAUUGCAAGGGUUCAAGGUCAGGUUCAUGAUGUCAUAGAUGUGAUGAAGGAUAACAUUGGCAAGGUGAUGGACAGAGGAGAAAGGCUGGAGGACCUUCAGGAUAAAUCAGAUGACCUGUCCUCCAAUGCAAACAUGUUCCGCAGUCGUGCUACUGACUUGAGACGUAAUAUGUGGUGGAAAGAGUGCAAGAUGAGAAUCUUACUUGCAGUUGUUGUGGUUGUCAUUCUUCUCAUUAUUAUAAUUCCAAUAAUAAUUCACAGUCAGAAGAAGGAUCCAUAGAGGAUACAAAGACCUACAGAAGAUAUGCCAACGUUCCAUGGAUGAAAUCUGGAUCUAGAAAUCAUAGUUAUUUAUUUAUUGUUAUGUUAAACUGGGAAAUUAUUACAAGAGGAGUCUAGAACAAAGGUGCAAUUAUCUAAUAGCUGAUCCAGAAAUGCAUAAUGAUCAUGCAAAAUGCCAAUAUAUACAUUUUGCAUGUUAAUAUGACAUCGUAAGAAAUAGUUUUAUUAUGUCACCACAAGUGGUGACAUAUUGUUAUAGUCUCCAACUUUUGAGUGGAUGGUGUUCAGCAGUU